AUGCCGCAAAGCGAAAAACGACCUAUUCCGAAGCACCUCGGCGGCGUAGGCCCUCAGAUGCUUCCGGAGUUUCAAGAGGUUCUCCCUGGCCAGCUUUCUCCGGGAGCGGACGACUCCACCAGCUUCCACGAGACUCCACAGCAUCUCGACUUGUCGCUCACAUCGUCACCGCUCUCCGAGCACCCACACGCCCAUUCUUCAACAGCCGGACACUUCCCCUUCGAGCACGACCAACAAGGGCACCGGGCAGCGACAUCGGAAGACCCACUGUCACGAAGUCCUCACGCCAGAGCCUGGAACAUGUCAUUCCCGGCCAGGGAUGCCUCGUUCCCCUACCAGCGCGGCGAGCGGGACCCACGAGACACCCCCUGGCCAAGUUAUCCUGGAAGGUCUGGACCUGGAGAUCCACCGGCUAUGGGCGGACACAGCGUAGAUCCAGCACCUGGUGUUCAGCACAGUGCAGCUGAAAGAAGCUUCCAGUAUUACGGACCAGCUGACCAGUAUCCACCAGAUGUCGUCCCACACGUCGGCACAAGUCGUCAUGAUUUGUUAAGCUUGCCCGGACAAGAGUUCGGCGGCGGCCACCUGGACCAUUACCCGGCAACAAGACCGGUCCGGCAACUACAGCAGCAGCGACAGGGACAACAGCUACAGCUACAGCUACAGCAACAGCAACAUCAACAACAGCAACAACAGCAGCAACAACAAUAUCACCAGCAAUAUCAACAACAAUAUCAACAACCACCGCAACCACAUCAACAAUCACCACCACAACCACAUCGACAACAACCGAUUCGACCACAUAAUCAGCCACAGCCACAGCUGCAAUCGCAACCGCAAAUACAAACAUCACCACCAGAACCCCCGCCGCAGAUGAAUGUGCCUCGGCACAUCUCUUCCGCGAGUCGACUGCAGCAGCAAAUGCUUCUACUUCAGCAAGAGCAAGAGAUGUUGCUCUCGCGUUCCACAUCCAGGCGCGUCACGCCUUCACAAGCUCCGCAGAUAUCUUCAGAAGCUCAGAGUGAGGACCUCUCCCGGGUCGAGUCUCAGGCCUCGGCCAGGACUAGGCUUUUGCAAGCGAGGCCCACCCGAGCAGAGCAAGAAAAGCAAGUGCCUUCAGCGACAUCAUACCCGCUCGCGGAGCAGUUCCUUCAGCAGGGAGUGCAUGGCCAGCAGGGCCCCUUCGCGAAACAGCAAGUCCAACCGGCGGCCCCGAGACCGCAGAAUGCAAGGCAGCUGUCCCCGAAGCACUCAGCGCCGGUUCAACAUCCGCACGACGAGCUUUGCAGUGCCUCGGCUCCGCAACGCUCCGCCAGCCCUCGCUCCUUGUCCACCGCGGCUCCUGCAUAUCCGCGAGCAAGAGAGCUCGAACAGCAGCGCAGACUGAUAAAAGAGAGACAGGAGUUGCAAGCAGCCAGGGGAGGCAGAACUCCACCUCCUAUCUCUCUCGGCCUUGCAGCUGGGGCGCGAGCUCAGCACCGCAAAGGUGAGAGUCCUGUUCGGGACGUGGUGAGAAACGCUUCGAGAUCAGAUUCACCCAAGCAGAUCUCUCCUUCCGCGAAGCAACACAGGGCCGAGAUCCCAAGCUCAAAGCGUGAUGGAGUGGCCCAGUCGUCGCACCGUCCAGUCAGCGCCGGACUUUCCAGGGGCGCUGGAAGCGCCAGUGGACAGCGAAUCGCGAGCAGAAGCCCACCAGAAAUGCCUGUGUUUGUAGAGCCCAUCGCACGGCUUGCGGUGCAGACAUCCAGGAGCCAGACGCUUCACUUCAGCAACUCCAGCAACAGCAAGUUUGGGCCCAAAGAGGCCCGCAGAGGCGGCGAGCGAUCGGCCAGCCCCUUUGGUGUGCAGCGCCCGCGUAGCCCGCGUAGCCCCAAGCCUUCCCCACGAUCGGAGAAAUCUGCACCUGGGCCGAGACAGACUGGUGCGAAGCCGGUCACGUCGAGAGGUUCCAGCCCAAGGAACCCCGCAAGCAGACAGGUCAAUGGACAGGUCCAGCCAAAGGCAAAGACGGACGAGAGUCGGUGUAAAGUUGAGAGCAGGUUUCAGAGCCCGUCUGUCCAGCCGAGAGAUCCGUCCCCAGCCUUCGAACGCCUACCAAGAAAGCCUGCAGUGCCUGUGGCACCACGGUCGCAGACACCCCCGAAGAAGGGCCUUGCCUCCUACUUGCCAGGCGCGCAGCCGGCAAAGAACACAAGCUCAUCCACACCUGCAGGUCAGGCAGGCUUCGCAGACAAAGUGGCUGCGCUCCCACAGCCGACCGACCAGCAAGCCUGCAGCCAAAGGGGCAUGUCCAAGACUGCAGAGGAGAAGGAAGGGCGUGUCUAUGUGGGAUUCCGUGACGGGCAAGGACAGAAAAGCGGCUAUGGAGUGAUGCAGAUGGAUGGAACAACCUACACAGGCCAAUGGUGUGGGAGCAAAAGAGAAGGUUACGGAACCUUGUUCUUCAAUGGCGGCGUCUUUGAAGGGCAGUGGCUGCAAGGCAGUGCGCAUGGCAAAGGGGCCAUUCAUUUUCAAAACGGGGACACCUUUGAGGGAAUGUAUGCCAACAAUAAGAAAUGUGGGCAUGGCGUCUACACCCGGGCAGAUGGUACCAAAGAGUCCGGAGAGUAUGCUGGUGGUCAAAAGGACGGCCUCCAUCUAUGGUGCUCAGGAAAGGAGUCCUGGGAGGUGGUCUACGACAUGGGAACAGUGGUAGCCACGAGAAGAUUGGACGCCAGCAAAGUGGAAAGCCAGGGGAUGAAGCAAGACGAAGCUACCGACGCAACAGAAAGCACUCCAGCAGCAGCAGCAGCAGCAGCAGCAGCAGCAGCAGAAGCCGAAGCCAGCGCGGCGCAAGGCCAGACGCAGAUGCCGAGGGUCUUGGACAAGGCACGGCCGGCACCGAGGCCAACUCCACCCCCAAGUCCGCCUGCGAAGGCUCUGCUUCCAAGCAAUCGCUGCCGUUCUGACAGCGCCUUCCGAGCUCAAGGCUUCACCGACGAAGAGAUCGCCCUGAUUGAACGUCGGAGCCCUCCAAGCUCACCAGUUGCCCCCGCGCCCGACAGAGCCGCGCAGCCCGGAGGCUGCAGUGCCCGAGUGUACUUUCCCACCUCCGCUCGGGGCAAAUCCCGAGAUCAAAGCCGAGGCGCCUUGCCCGGUUCGUCAGCUCCCGAAGCCGCUACUGCUGCGGAUGCCGCGGCCGGGGCAGCUGCACCUGCGCAGCCGCAGGCAGCAGCUGCUCUGUCUGAGGACUCUGCAGCGCAGCAGAUGCAGGAGAUUGAAAAUGGUCCAGACGAGACACCGGAGAGUCGCACUUCGCACCUCAGAGAACCGACGCCUGAAGGCCCGGAAAACGAUUCAGCUCGCUGA